CUUUCCUGGAAUUGAAAAUACACUCUCCUCCUCUGGAUGGCCUUUGUCUGUGGACGACAGCUUAAGCGAUGACGUCAAGCAUUCUAAAUUUUGGAAAUAAUUUUUCCCAAGUCAAAAGCCCAAAAAACGUGUAGAUUCAUUUACUAUUCUUUGAUUACUCCAAUUCAUACAAUGUCCAUCGUCACUUUGUUCGUGGAUACACAGGAAGAAAAAGUCAGUAGCGAGAGACGCUUUGACAAAAGCCUCACCAUUUCACAAUUGAAGUACAAAUUAGAACCCAUCGCAGGUGUUCCUUACUCUACGCAAAAAAUACAACUCUACAGAAAAGAUGAACUACUAUGUUCGCUGGACGACGACGACAAAAUGUUGGGAGCUUAUCCGGUAGAAGAUUAUAUGCGCAUCCUUGUUAUCGACACCAACCCUCAUCGCGUAAAGAAUCAAUAUACCGACGUCUCUUUAGUCGAGAAAUUCGAACUUUCAAACGAAGAAUACGAGAAACGCUCAGAUACUGUAAGAGCAUUCAAAGAGCGUAACAAAUUGGGCCGAUUUUCUGAUGAGGCCGCUGCUCGAGAAGAUGCAUUAGAAAAGUCCUACCAAGAAGCUGCAAAAAACAUCCAUGUUGGCGACCGUUGUGAAGUAUCAACAGAUCCUCAAGCCCCACAAAAGCGAGGCACUGUAAAGUAUAUUGGCACUACCAAAUUUCAGCCAGGAAUUUGGGUGGGUAUACAGUACGAUGAGCCCUUGGGUAAAAACGAUGGAACCGUUAAAGGAGAAAGGUAUUUUGAAUGCCCUCCAAACUAUGGCGGAUUUGUGCGUCCAACAAAAGUUACUGUAGGUGACUUUCCAGAAGAAGACAUUCUGUUAACGGACGAUGAGUUGGAAGAAAUGUAAAAACAAUGAUAGACCGUAAAAAAACCAAAAGAAAGGAAACGCUUCCCUCCCCACCCACUUUCAUAUACCAAAAACGGAAACAAAAAGUCACUGAUCUCUCAAUACAAAAAAAAAAAAAAAAAAAAAAA